CCUGCGACUCUGCCACGACCACGCCCGCCCACUGCAGCACGACCACCAGCUCUGUCUGUCUGUUUGCCAGUCACCGCAGAGAUCACCGACACCAGCCGCGAUGAGGACUGCGCUUAUAGUAGGACUGCUGACACUGCUGGCUCUGGACGUCUGUCAGUCCAAAGCUGGUGGUGAGAAGCAAGGGGAUGGGUCCAGGACCGUUGAUGCCGACACGAAAAAACUUUUUGAUCAACGAGACCAUCCACUGCGGAGCUACAGCGAAGACAUGAGGCCUAGACUGGCUUGUUCAACAGGCCCGUGUGGUACUGCAAAUGGCAGCUGCAGGGAUAGCUGCAUGAGCGGGGAAUACCCUAACGGAGAAUGUGAAUUAACUUGCUGGUGCUGUGAACCUUGUAGUCAAGAUGGAAGCUGUUAUGAUGGCCUCUGUGUGGCUAACUCCGCAUGCUCUGCAAUAACCGAGUACGCAGCUGGGAGUUGUGGCUUGGGCGCGUGUACCUGCUGUAUGACCUGCCAAACAAGCGACGAUUGUGCGAACGCCGGAGGUCAAUGUAUCAGUGGUACUGCUACGUGCGGUACCGGCACGGCGCCGAGCUCUCAAUUUGGCUGUGACGAUGGAAACUGCAAGUGCUGUGAGCCAGUAUGCACUCCCAGCAGCGCUUGUGUUGAUGGCCCCAACCCGGGGAGAUGCGUGGAUAUCAACGAAGAUUUUUGCGACGCUGGAGAUGAAUACCUAACAGAUGAUGGGUGUGGAAACGCUGACUGCAAGUGUUGCAAGACCUGUGGGCCAGACUAUUCGUGUGCCCGUAAGAAUGGGAUAUGCGUCAACCCAACUCAGCUACCUGAACCGACACGCAAUCCUCACGAUCUAUGUCCCGCGGGAUAUCGUCGUUAUAUGCCAGGCGCUUGCGGCACUGAUGCCUGCAUCUGCUGUGUUCCAAGGCCUCAAUCUGCGGGGUGAAACUGUGACCCUGAGCCACCGCCACCGCCUGCACGACCGCCGCCCUGACCGAGGACUGACCCUGCCCUGACCUGCCCUUGACCUGACCCGCCUCACCUUCAUGCACGGACUUCCUGCACGUGCGCCGUGCACGCUGAUCCUCUGCAGAGUAUUCAAUUCUCCUUCUUGGGCUUGAUGCCAGAGCACCCUUCUGCAAAGAAAUAAAAAAUUUAAAAAAAAUGCACAAACGUAAAUAGAGAGAUUACAAAAAAUUAACAUUUCAGCAGACAUGAAUUUUUACUUUCGAAAUUCUAUGUAUGUUCAGCUCGCAAUAUGUGUGUACCAGCUGUUCAGAAUUAUGCUGCAAAUAAAAUAAAAGCAAUC